AUGGAUAGUGCAGCAGAUCUGGAUGCUUUCUUCGCCUUUCAGGAUAACCACUUUGGCUCAGAUCAAACCUUGGACGAUGGCACUUUCGCCGGUUUGUCCGAAGCACUGGCAGCUUCUAACGCUGCAUCCUGUCAGUAUAACGAAAACUGGAUGAUGGAUUCGUCGCUUUUGGAUCUGUCGAACAACUCUACUGCGUCAUCGUCGCCCUUUCCUACGCCAAGCGCUUCAAUCUCCAGACCCAAACUCGGCAGCCGCUUCUCCAGAGAAGUCAUCCGUACGCUCAAAGAUUGGCUUUCUGUUCAUCAAAAGCACCCUUACCCUACUGAGAGUGAGAUGUUGGCCCUCCAGGAUCGUACGGGAUUGAACAAGGCGCAGCUCACGAACUGGUUUGCGAAUGCCCGUCGACGUGGCAAAGUGCAGAGCGUUCGACCGACUUCGCCGCAAGUAAAGAACUCACCCACCUCUCCCAUCGAUAUCAUCCCGAGACCUGGCACACCUGCUGUCAAAAUGGCCUCGAACCACAAAGAUCCGAUGCAGCGCUGGGUAGAGUCGCCACCAGAACAUGAACCUGCGGCUGUUGGCGAUAUCGCUCGUGCCAUGGCUUCCACUUCACGUAAAGAUGCUGAGGGUUUUGCAUACCAUCAGCCAUGGCAGUCACCAUAUGCCAUGUCCUCAGCAAGCAGUGCAAGAACGUCCCAAUCGAGUGAAUUUUCAGGCCAUUGCUCAUCAGGGUCCCAAAACUCUCUCAAAAUGCGUCGUGCUCCACGCAAGAAAAGGGUCGCCCGACGUCGACGUCUGGAACCAGAGAUUACCCUGCCUAUCAGCAUGCCGUACCAAUGCACCUUCUGCACGGAAGUCUUCAAGACCAAAUACGACUGGCAGCGUCACGAAAAGUCGCUCCAUUUACCACUCGAGAGAUGGAUUUGCGCGCUUCAGGGCCCUCGUACUACCAAGGAGUCGCUCGGAGAGCAGUGUUGUGUCUUUUGCGGUGAGGUUCGGCCUGAUAACGCCCAUAUUGAAGCGCAUCACUACCCGGCAUGUCAGGAGAGAAGUCUACAGGAGCGCACGUUUCACCGCAAAGAUCACCUUGUCCAGCACCUCCGCUUAGUGCAUGGCGUCGAGUUUUCGGAUUGGUCCAUGGCCCGCUGGAUGCUGCCUAUACCUGACGUCAGGUCAAGAUGCGGAUUCUGUGGCAUCACGAUGAGUACAUGGUCGGAAAGAACCGAUCAUAUCGCUGAUCACUUCAAGUCUGGUGUGACAAUGGCCAGUUGGCAAGGAGAUUGGGGUUUCGACGCGUCUGUUGUACCAUUAGUCGAGACCGCUAUUCCUCCUGAUCUCAUCGAUUGGGAAAGAGGUACUCUUAUUCCUAUGAAAGGCAGCGAUCCAUCUUGGGGUACCCCGCCAAACGCAUACGAGCUGCUCAAAGUUGAGACCGAGUUCUUUAUCCAGCGCUAUUUCGACAAGCACGGCCACCUACCGGACAACGAUACUAUGCAGCUGGAAGCUUGUCGUAUCAUCUUCGCGGCCGAGACCACUUCGGUCAUGCCAGAUCGUCUUAAUGAGGUUUCAUGGCUUCGAGACCUGAUGAUGUCUUCUCCUGAGUUGACUGAACGCGCAAGGUUUCAACCCGUCCGAUCCUCCCGCGAGAGCAGGCAUUUUCCGCUACGGAUAAAUGCCAAAGACCAUCUAUUCGAACAAUGCCCUUUGGAGGCGCAACUCCGUGGCUUCGUCACCCAGCGUACUACAGCAGGGGAGAGUCUCGACGACGUACAACUGUACAACGAAGCAUGCCAGAUCAUUCGACGCAUGGAACAAGAGUCUAGCACACCAUCCGACGUGUUUGCGAACUGGAUCGUCAAGGGCAUCUACUCUGGCACAAACUGGAUUUUGCCCUUCAAGCAACGCGCUGCUAUAUAUGAUACCGUCACCACCGAUUUCCCAACAGAAAGCGACUCGACUCAGUUACUAAACCUCUCCUGGCCAAACUCACCUUACGAAGAAGCAUCAAUCUCCGCCCUCGGCACCGCAAGUCCUUCCAAACAGACACACGACUUCUUCACCUCCUCCCUCCCCGCUUUCCCAGAAGACACGCCUCCCAUGCUGCCUGAAUCGACGACGACUACUGCCACGCAGGUAGACAUGUACGGUCGCUUGCGCUCUUUGCUACCUGAUGAUACCAAUUUCUACCGCAUCUUCGAUAGCGAUAUGAGGCGCUGGGCGGCGUCGACGCUCUCGCCCAAGAAUCCGAAUUGUCAUGUUCCGAGCGAUGAGGAGAUUCAGCAUCAGGCGAGGUGGAUCAUGUAUGACGGGGAUGAUCCGUGGAAUCAGACGCCGGCGGACUUUCCGAAUUGGUUAUCGAGGUUCAAGAGGGAGGUGGGGAUUGGGGGUGCUGCUGGGGCUGGGGCUGGGGAGGCGGUGAAGUUGGGGGAUUUGGUGGGGUAG